CUUGUCGCUCAUUCGCCAUGUUGCAGAUCGAUAAGUACGGAGGGCAGGACAUAAAGAGGAUAGGAUAUUAUAGCAGAUUAUAAAGUUUUUGUGCGAGAUUGGAUACAUUAGAAUGUAGUGAUGCCCAAAAAAAGUACAAGAGACAGCAGAUCCAUAGGAAGAACUGGAUGGAAACCAAAGACAGUUAAACGAAACUCGAAUGAUAAGCGAAUCUUCAACAAUAUAUAUAUUGGUGCUUGUAACGCUAGGAGGUGGAUUAUAUUGAAGAAGAGAUUAGACUACCAUAGUGAUGUGGAUUUUGUUGCGUAUUUAUUGGAUCUUGCAGAGCCUCAGUCGGUAAAGGGUACAGUGCUCCCAAAGUCUGAUGAUGCAGAUAAGAAAGAUGACGACAAGGAUGAUAGUGCACCAGUGAGGGAGUUUGAAGAGGACACAAAUGACAGCACGAGCUCAGUGCAGCAUGAAAUCAGCGAUGAUGGGGAAUGGCGACCAUCUGGCACAGCAGCAGAUGGCCCAUUGCGUCGCAGUCCUCGCAAACAAAAUAUUCCUGUGCGAAUCCAUGUCCGUCGAAGUGCACGCAACAUGGUUACAGAACGAAAGCAAUUUAAGAAAGACGAGAACUCAAAAGGACAGGCACUCAUCACGGUAACAGAUAGCAGUAUUGUCAUUGAGGAAGUGGAUGCUGCAGGCAUCAUCACUACGGAUGAGCAUUUAAAGACCGAGGUGGUGCCAGGUGAGGAAGAGAAAGAACCUGUAAGUGAGGAGGUCCCAGUGGAGCAUCCCCCUGUCGAAAAACAGAAGGAGGAGCCGGUAGAUGAGGACGUUGGUGACCCCAAGAAGUCAUCUGUUAAAGUAGACUGCUGUGAUGAGGCUGUCGUAGUGGCAGGCCUGGAAAGUGUGGGCAUGUCCCUGGAGCAGGUGCACAUCGAGGUUGGGGAGCGUGUCAAGCUCAAGAGACGCAAGAAGAAGAGAAGUCACAAUGCUCAGGAGCCAAGCAUAGAUGUCAGAAGUAGCACAAAACACAAGCGGAAGAAGCACAAACGUGGGGAACAUAGUACAAAGAAAAAACACCAUGAUAUCCGCAAGGCACCACAAGACGGGAUCCCACAGGAUGAGUCCAAAGAGGUGAUGCCAGAGACAGAGAGCAGAGAGCAGGCUGAUGUGUCAUCAGGGGAUCAGGGACCAAAUUGCAGUGAUGAGCUGCAGCUUCCCCAGCCACAACAGCGAGUUGCCAUCCGUAUUAAGCUGUGUUGUGACUGCAAUUUGAGACAUGUACAGGAUGCGUGUCCACUCCGUAAUCCUGCGAUAAUCAUUGGUGAUGCUGUGAUAUUUGGACAGUGGCAGAGUGAAAAGAAACAGGUUCGGACUAAGCCACUAAGUUGUGAUGGGGAAGGGACCCCAGAAAAACAUUCAAAUGCUCAGAGUGACUCAACGAAUGGUGUGAUUUCUGUAAACAGUGGGGAAAUUGGUGGAUUGAACAAGUAUGAUGACAGAACAUUCUUGGAAGAGACACAAGGUGAUAGCAUUCCAGACUUAGGUCAUUCUAACUUAAAGGGAGACAGCACCGACAGCUCAGAGUGCACCACUGAUGUGAAGCUGUUCUCAAUGGGCACAUCUGAACAGAGGCUUUGUUUUGCUGAGGCAUCACUGCCUGUAGGUCUGGAAUUACAGGUGUGUGAUCCAGCCCAUGGGCUCAGUGUUGUGACACGCUGCCAUCUGAGGCAGUACACACAGUUUGGGCCACUUGUGGGGCAGCCAAUCAAGGAGAUGGACAUUCCUGAUGACUUUAACAUGAAGGACAUAUGGGAGGUUUUUACUGACAAGGAUCGGCAGUACCUGAGCACAUUUGAUCCUGAUGGUUCCAACUGGUUACGGUAUGUUCGGCCUGCCCCAGCACGGGAGCAGCGUAACCUGGCACCUGUUGUGCGGCAUGGAGAGCUGUAUUUUGUGACUGUCACAGAAAUUAUAGAGGGAGAAGAGCUGCUGUAUUGGUCAGAUGAUACAGCCACCAGUUGGUCUAAGAAGAAGAUGGAGAAGACAAACUGUGGGGGUUGCAAUCUACGUUUUUCACACCCACUAUACUAUCGCAUGCACUGCACUGUGUUCCACGAUCCCAACUUCAGCCUCACAAUUCGCAAGUACCACUGCAAGGUUUGUGGCACGGCUGUUCUGGGCAAGGAGAAUAUCAUGAAACAUGCAGCUGAGCUGCAUGAUGGCAAGGGUGCAUACCAGUGCCAGUACUGCAAAAAGUUCUUCCUGCGUCUUAACUACCUGGAGAUGCAUCGUACAUAUGGCUGUGCAUCAAAUCCACAGCGUACACGACCGCUAUGUGAUUUCUGUGGGAGAAAGUUUUGUCAACCUCAGAAACUAAAAGUCCACAUCAAACGCAUGCAUAGUGACAUGGCAGAGGUUCUUCGAGAGUUCCAGUGCAAGAUUUGUCUCAAGCUUCUUGGUUCUCGAGCUGCCUUGCAGCGCCACAUGAAGGAGGUGCAUCACAAGGAUAUUGUGGGAGCCUGCACCUGUGAUCGCUGUGGCAAGAUGUUCCAAAAUAAGUCAAAUCUUAAGAUACACAUGUUGACACAUUCCGGCGUCAAGCCUUUCAAAUGUAAGGAGAAUGGGUGUGUGGCAGCAUUCACGACCAAACAGUGCCUCCAGUUCCACUAUAAGAAGGUGCACAGUUUCUCUGAAGAGACGAUGCCUGUUAUUGAACGUUCAGUCGCUUACACAUUUGAUGCUUAUUCUGGUGGUAUUGUUGAAGAACCUGGACGUGGGAAGACACCGCGGUUUGACAAGGAGAGACGUAACUCAACAGACAACAACAGCAGCAGUUUGCUAUCACUGGAUGAGAGUAGUUCAGCAUCCAGUGUUAAAGCUGAUGUCUCAGGCACCAGCUCCACAACUGAAUGCAACAGUGGUCAAGAUGAUAACAGGGGUGUGAAAGAUGAUCCUCCCCAGCUAACACCACCUCCUCCACCUCAACCCAAUGAACACACAGGGCAGCAGCCCCCGACAUUGGAAGCUUACAUCACACCACCCCCUGGAAAGGUAGUGAUGAGCAAGGGUAGUAAGAAGUGGUUGGGAGAUCCCACACCCUUGGAAGCCCCCAGACCAUUGCCUGAGAAGAGCCCUCUGUAUGAACUGGAUGGGGGGAAGGGACCAGAUGAGGAUGUAACUAUGAGUGUAGCAGAGCCAGAAUGCCGAAAGACACCUCCACCUAUAUACCGACGGCCUGAGUCAUCAUCUAAUGCAAGUUUGUUAGUGGAGGCAGCCCUAGAUGCAGCUGAACGUGACAUAGAUAUGUCAGGGGUUGUGACUUCUCCCACAGUGAUUACAGCAAAUGACAAACAGAACAGUGAGCCCUUGUACCCACAUCACUUAGUGAAUGGGCAUCUGGCACCCUCACCAUCUCCUUCCACUGACCACAUGGACAGUUACACACUGCAGUCUCCUGCUACAACCCCUGACCCACAGGAGGGUUCCCCUUCAGGACACUUGCAACACCUGGAGGGCUAUACAUCGCCACCACGCAUGCAUUACAGCAUGCAUCAUCAGGAGGACCUUAUCUCCCCAGCUGAGACACCUCAUCCCACUGGUUACAUGCAUCACUCUGAGGAGAUGUCACCUGACAAUCAGCGAGGUGGUCACAUGGAGGGCUACAGUCCUCAUUAUGAGCUGCACCAUCAGGUGCCCACAGACAACCUGUCUAGUGAUGAAGGGGAAGGGGCACAGAACCUAAGUUUGGGUCUCAAGGAGAAGGCAGGGUUAACACUUGACCUGGCAUACAAGCAAUAUGAGGUGUUGGAAGAACUUCGUCCAGGUUUUGAGCCAAUCCUGGUGGGCUCCACAGAGCUGCAGGGCCUUGAUAUGUCUGCACGCAGUUAUCACCAUGGGAACUUUGGUUCUCAAACCGUUUCACGCUACCAUCACACAAGUGUGCUGUAUGAUAUGGCAGCAGGAGGUCCAGAGCGACAGAGUGUUGACCUCAGCAUGACUGGUCGGGCUGGUAAUGGAUACACUUCUCCCCCACCUCCUCCCCCCUACUCACACUCUGAGGUGCUGCGUGUUGUGAGCCUGGACCUGUCACGUCAUCACCCUCAUCACCCCCAUCAUCAGCUGCCUGCGCCCCGUGCCAUGACCCCUUCCCCUGCCCCACCAGGCACACCCAACCAUGUUGUCCCAGAGAUGAAUCGAAUGUCCACAGUCAAUAACCAGGGACUGGUGGACCCAGGCCGUAUAUUGUCUCCUCCUCCUCAUCCCAGCUAUCAGACCUACCCUCUGUCACCUUCUCCAUACCAUCGAACAUCCCACAUAGCCUCUACAUCUCCCUCUGCAUACCAUCACUACUCAGGGUACUACUAAGGCAGCUGGAACUACUCAUGUUCAUAUUGAUCAUUAAUUAAAAUUUUUAACAUUUCUUGCAUAUGGAAUUUAAAUUUAAUAACUGAUGACAAGUUUGCAUUAAGUGUGGCAUAAAUGUUUUUAAAAGAGUGCAUUCAUUAUUAAUGUUAUUGGACAUGCUUCCAUACUGUUAUGUGUUCAUCAUCAGACAGAUUGUUGCUGUUUCUUAAUUUUAAGUAUUACCAUUACCAUCACCAUUACUGCUGCUACCACCACCCUUAUCAUUAUCAUCAUCGUCAUUAUUACUUGUGUAAUGUUUUAAUGUUAUAGUGUAAGUAUUCCUCAUCUACAAAUUAAUGCCAAAGAAUUGUAGUGAUGUCAGUAUUUGUCCUGGAA